AUUCUAAAUUUCCAUAACUUCCCAUCAGCUAAAAACCUGAGAGCCGCACCCAAGAGCAGAAGCAGCAGCUCUCCUUCUCUUUUUUUUUUCUUUCUCUGGGAUUCUCUCUCCAAAUCAUUGAAGCAGAGAAAGAAAAAACGUUUCUUUACUUGAUCGUCAGAUCAGAUCAGGGAUUUAGUGAGGUUUUGAUCUCUGUUGAGUGGUUCGUCGCUGUUUCUCUUCUGAUCUCUUAAAUGUGGGGCUGAAGAAAAGGGUGAUGUGGGCUUGUGGGGUUGUGCCCUCUCUGUUUGCUUCUGGUCUUGAGAUUUUCAGCUCUAUCUCCCGGAAAUCUCAUCUGGUCUUUUGGAUUGCACGCUGAAAAGGACCACUCUCUCAUCAAACAGCCAUCUUUGGUUUUCUUCCACGGUUGUUGUUGAUUCUGCUGUUCCAGAGCCUUGGGUUGAGGAAAGGUGGCAUCUUUGUUGUUCUCUUCUGUGAAAGUGUUUUGAGAGGAAGAGCUAGCGUGGUCAUUCGCUGCUUUUAAUCCUGGUCUGGGCUUUGGGAGGAAAAGCUAUUUAUUGGGUGUUGUGGUUUCCUGUCAUAAAGGAGUCUCCUUUCUUUGCUUUUUUGGGUUAGGUUUUGUAGAUCUUUGUAUCUCUCCAUUUGAGCUAUAGGAGGGACACCCAAAUUGGAGAUUGUGGAGAUUCGAGAGUUCUUGUCUUUGUUUAAUUCUAUGAGGAACAUCUUUCAGUCUGAUUCUUGCAAAGAGACCCAGCUCCAUGCGCUUAAUCCUCAGUCAUGGCUACAGGUGGAAAGAGGAAAGCUCUCCAAGGUCGCUUCUCACGCCUCUUCAUCCAUUGAAUCACUUAUUAAGGUAGUGGAACCUGCGGUGCUUCCGCUGUAUAAGCCUAUUGAUUAUGUGGAGGUUUUAGCUCAGAUCCAUGAAGAGCUGGAGACAGGACUGCUCAGUGAAAGGUCCAAUUUGUAUUUGCUCCAGUUCCAGGUCUUUCGGGGUCUUGGGGAGUCCAAAUUGUUGCAGAGGAGCCUUCAUUCUGCUUGGCAGAGUGCGACCACUGUUUAUGAGGAACUUGUUUUUGGAGCUUGGUUGAAAUAUGAGAAGCAAGGAGAGGAGCUUAUAUCGGAUCUCCUUGCUUCUUGUGGCAAGUGCUCACAAGAAUUCUGGCGGAUAGAUAUUGCUUCCCGCUUUCCCAUUCAGACUGUGGAAGUUGUAGGUACAUAUAAUUCUAACUUAUCAAAUGGCUCAGCUACUGUCUUCUUCCAAAUCGGAAGAGAAAAGAUUUCUUGUGACAGGCAGAAGAUUGCCUCUUUGUCAAUUCCAUUCCACACAAUGCUCAAUGGCUGCUUCACCGAGUCACUCCGUGAGGUUAUUGAUUUAUCUGAGAAUGGGAUAUCACCUAAUAGUAUGAGAGCAGUUAGUGAUUUCAGUUAUACAGGUCAAUUAUGUGAUUUAUCUUUGGAUGUCUUAUUGGAAAUCUUGAUAUUUGCAAACAAAUUUUGCUGUGAAAAGCUUAAAGAUGCCUGUGACCGAAAGCUGGCAUCUUUGGUUUCUUCAAGGCAAGAUGCUAUAGAGCUUAUGGACUGUGCAUUAGAAGAAAAUUCACCUGUUCUGGCAGUCUCCUGUUUACAGGUGUUCUUAAGGGAACUUCCUGAAUGUUUGAAUGAUGAACUAGUGGUUAAGAUCUUUUCUAAUGCUACUAAGCAGCAGAGGUUGAUCAUGGUUGGUCAAGCCUCAUUCUCACUCUACUGUUUGCUAAGUGAAGUUGCCAUGAGCAUAGAUCCUAGAUCAGACGUGACAGCAUGCUUUUUAGAGAAAUUAGUAGAGUCAGCAAUAACUGAUAGGCAGAAGCAGAUUGCUUAUCAUCAGCUGGGAUGUGUGAGGCUUUUGAGAAAGGAAUACAGUGAAGCUGAGUGCCAUUUUAAUGCUGCAUUUACCACUGGCCAUGUAUAUUCUGUUUCUGGAUUGGCCAGAGUGGCUCGUUUCAAGGGCAAUAAGCGUCAAUCUUAUGAAAAGCUCAGCUCAGUGAUAUUAUCCUAUCAACCCCUUGGGUGGAUGUAUCAGGAGAGAUCAUUGUAUGCUGAUGGAGAUAGCAGGUGGGAAGAUCUUGAUAAGGCAACGGAAUUGGACCCGACUCUGAUUUACCCUUACAUGUAUAGAGCAGCAUCACUCAUGAGAAAGGAUGAUGUGAAACUUGCUCUAGCCGAGAUAAACCGUGUUCUGGGUUUUAAGCUGGCUUUAGAAUGUCUAGAACUCCGGUUUUGUUUUUACCUAUUACUGGAAGAUUAUAAGUCCGCACUUUGUGAUGUCCAAGCAAUUCUUACCUUGUCUCCUGAGUAUCGAAUGUUUGAAGGGCGUGUAGCAGCUUCUCAAUUGCGUACGCUUGUACGGGAGCAUGUAGAACAGUGGACAACUGCUGACUGUUGGCUGCAAUUGUAUGAUCGGUGGUCCUCAGUUGAUGAUAUUGGUUCGCUUUCAGUUAUUUAUCAGAUGCUCGAGUCUGAUGCUGCCAAAGGGGUGCUGUACUUCAGACAAUCUUUGCUUCUUCUCAGAUUAAACUGCCCUGAAGCCGCAAUGCGCAGUCUGCAACUCGCACGCCAACAUGCAGGAAGUGAGAAUGAACGUCUUGUAUAUGAGGGUUGGAUUCUGUAUGAUACAGGUCACUGUGAGGAAGGUUUACGGAAAGCUGAGGAAUCAAUCACUCUUCAGAGGUCAUUUGAGGCAUUCUUUUUGAAAGCCUAUGCCUUAGCAGAUUCAGGGCCGGAUCCCUCUUGCUCGGCGACUGUUGUUUCGCUUCUUCAGGAAGCAUUACAGUGCCCUUCUGACAGGCUUCGAAAGGGUCAGGCUCUAAACAACCUUGGUAGCGUAUAUGUUGACUGUGGGAAGCUGGAGUUGGCAGCUGACUGUUACAUUAGUGCCCUCAAAAUUCGGCAUACUCGAGCUCAUCAGGGGCUCGCCCGGGUCCAUUUCCUAAAGAAUGAGAGGAACGCAGCGUAUGAGGAAAUGACGAAAUUAAUAGAGAAAGCCAGGAACAACGCAUCAGCAUAUGAGAAGAGAUCUGAAUAUUGUGAUCGUGACCUAUCGAAAGAAGACUUGCAGAUGGUGACCCAAUUAGAUCCUCUACGAGUCUACCCUUAUCGUUACCGUGCUGCAGUGUUGAUGGAUAGCCACAAGGAGAAAGAGGCGAUAGCCGAGUUAACCAGAGCCAUUGCAUUUAAAGCUGACUUACACCUCUUGCACCUUCGAGCCGCCUUCCAUGAGCACAUUGGAGAUGUCUCAAGUGCUCUCAGAGACUGCCGGGCCGCCCUCUCCCUAGACCCGAACCACCAAGAGAUGCUGGAGCUCCACCGGCGCGUCUACAGCCAAGAACCAUGAUUGGAAACCAUGGUUUCAUGUUGUAUGCUACACAACCAGAUCCAUGCAGCUGCCUUCAUUUAGACUGUCUUGGUUCUGUAUUCUUUCAUGUUUAUCUCCCUUUUUUUUAUUUUUACUUUUCUUCAUUGUAAUUUAUGUCUUAAAUUUACAGUCCAGUUCUUAGUGUAUGGUUCAAUCAAUCAUCAAAGUCAUGUUUAGAAAUUUUGAUUGUGAAGAAAAUGAAAUUGGCAAGGUAAAUUGCUUGAUGGAAGUCAUGGAACUUUGUUGAACAAGACUAUUGAUUGAGUCCAUCCUUCCAUGGAAAAGAUUACCUAUUUUGACA